AACCUGCCGGGAUUUGUCGUGCAGGGCAGUUCACGCUUUUCAUAGAAUCGCGGCAUGGAAGGGGCUUUGAAGAGCUCAUCCAGUCCAGCCCUCCUGCCCGAGCAGGUCGCACAGCAACGUGUCCCGGCGGGUCUCGGAGACCUCCAAGGAAGGAGCCUCCACACCCUCCCUGGACAGCUUGGGCCAGGCGGCAGUUCCCUGUCCCUCUGGAGCUGAGGAGCCCAGAGCUGGACACAGGACUCCAGAUGAGGCCUCACCAGGGCAGAGUAGAGGGGGAGCAGAACCUCCCUCGCCCUGCUGCCCACACUUGAUGCCCCCAGGAUGCCAUUGGCUUCUUGCCCACGAGGGACUGGGAUCCGGGGGGGAUCUAGGCACCCCCAAAGAGUGUCUGGGGUGUGGGGUACAGGGAGUUUUACCCCCUUGGGGGUGGGUUUGGGAGUCUGUGCCCCCCCAGACCGUGACAGGGUGCUGCUGUAGCAUCCGUGUAUCCCCCUUAUCGCCCCCUCCAGCCGCAUCAUGUGGCCGAUGGCAGCCGGCUGCAGGCCUUUGAUAAGCUCAGGGUGGAGGUUGCCACCUUCCCCCCUCCCUCCCUCCCUCCUGGCGGGGGUUGAUUAUGAGAUGGGUGGGGGCAAAUGGGGGAGGGGUGUCACCCCCACACCCCCUCCUACCCUCCCUAAACCCCUUUUCCCACGGCACCAUGGCCGCCCUCCUGCGCUGCCCCGUCCUGGCUCGGCACCCCUGGCUCAUCCGAGCCCUGGCUACGGCCCCCCCAUACCCACAACCAGGUGACCCCUCUUUGGCUGCCCAUUGCCCUUUCAUUGAUGUGGGGGGGGGUCCCCGCUUUGUCCAACGAGCCGCUCCUGAGGUGCAGGAGGACGUUGCCCCCCCUGAACAAGCCUCUCUCGAUUGGCUCUUGGACCUGGAGGAGACCCCCGAGGAGAUUCCUGAGAGGAGACUGGAUGACAACUUGCCUGAGGAUGCUUUUCCCUACGAGGCCGUUUUUGGGGGGCGUUUGGCUGGAUUGAAGCGAACCCACACUUACAGGGUCUUCACGGCCGUGGGGCGCCGGGCGGAUGCCCCCCCGAUGGGGAUUUUGGGGUCCCCCCCCCGACCCAUCCAGCUCUGGUGCUCCAAUGACUACCUGGGCAUGAGCCGACACCCCAAAGUCCUCCAGGCCGCCAGAGCUGCUCUGGCUGCCCACGGGCUGGGCUCGGGGGGCACCCGCAACAUCGGGGGGACAUCUCCCCUGCACGGGGCGCUGGAGCGGGCGCUGGCCCAGCUGCACCGGCAACCCCGCGCCGUGCUCUUCUCCUCCUGCUUCGCCGCCAACGACACAGCCAUGGCGACCUUGGCUCGGCUCCUGCCAGGCUGCGAAGUGUUCUCGGACGAGGGGAACCACGCCUCGCUGAUCCAGGGCAUCCGGCGCAGCGGGGUCCCCAAACACAUCUUCCGCCACAACGACCCCGAGCACCUGCAGCAGCUCCUGCAGCGCAGCCCCCCCGGGCUCCCCAAGAUCGUGGCCUUCGAGUCGGUUCAUUCCAUGGACGGCUCCGUCGCGCCGCUGGGGGCGCUGUGUGACGUGGCGCACGCGCACGGCGCGCUCACGUUCGUGGACGAGGUGCACGCGAUCGGCCUCUACGGGGCGCGCGGCGCCGGCGUCGCCGAGCGCGAUGACGUCAUGCACAAGGUCGACAUCGUUUCCGGUACCUUGGGGAAGGCAGUGGGGGCCGUGGGCGGGUACAUCGCCAGCAGCUCGGCUCUGGCCGACUCCGUCCGCUCCUUCGGCGCCGGCUUCAUCUUCACCACGGCGCUGCCGCCGGCGGUGGUCGCGGGGGCUCUGGCAUCGCUGCGGGUGCUGGGGGGCCCGGAGGGGGGGCUCCUGCGCAGAACCCACCAGAGACACGCCAAGCACCUCCGGCUGCUGCUCAGGGACAGGGGGCUGCCGGUCCUGCCCUCACCCAGCCACAUCGUGCCCGUCAGGGUGGGGGACGCUGAAGCCAACACGAGGCUGAGCCGGCUGCUGCUGGAGGAACACGGGUUGUACGUGCAAGCCAUCAAUUUCCCGACCGUGCCCAGGGGGAUGGAGCUGCUGCGCCUGGCGCCCACCCCCCACCACGGGCCCGACGCCAUGGAGAACCUGGCGGACCGCCUGGCCCAAUGCUGGGGGGCUCUUGGGCUGCCCCUCGAAGCUCCCCCCGGCCCGUCCUGCUCAUCCUGCCACCGGCCGCUGCACUUGUCCCUCAUGAGCGACUGGGAGCAGCAGCUGUUCCAGCUGGGGGGUGCCCCCGUGCAAGCCUGAGCGACUCCCCAACCCUGCCCUGACCCCCAAAUCCCCCCACUGCCAGCUCUCCCAAUUCCAGGCAAUAAACCAUGCUGGGAUCUGA